ACUCAGUUUACGGCAGUGGGGGCGAGCUCCGCGCGACAGUUUUGCGGCAGAAGGAGAGGAGUCGGAAUGGCGUCGGGGAGUGGGACAAAAAACAUGGACUUCCGCAAGAAGUGGGACAAAGAUGAGUACGAGAAAUUGGCGCAGAAGCGGUUGCAAGAAGAAAGGGAGAAGCGAGAUGCAAAGCCUCCAGUACCCAUCAAGCGUGAACUUUUACGUCACAGAGAUUAUAAAGUGGAUUUGGAAUCCAAAUUAGGAAAAACCAUCGUCAUCACAAAAACGACACCCCAAUCUGAAAUGGGAGGAUAUUACUGUAAUGUUUGCGACUGUGUAGUGAAGGAUUCCAUCAACUUCCUGGAUCAUAUCAAUGGCAAAAAGCACCAACGGAAUUUGGGGAUGUCAAUGAAGGUGGAACGCUCGACUCUGGACCAAGUAAAGAAACGUUUUGAGGUCAAUAAGAAGAAAAUAGAGGAAAAGCAAAAGGAAUAUGAUUUUGAGGAGCGCAUGAAGGAACUCCGGGAAGAGGAGGAGAAAGCGAAGGCAUACCGGAAAGAGAAACUGAAGGAGAAAAAGCGGAAAGCGGAGGAGGAGUUGACAUUUGAAGACGACGAUGAAAUGGCAGCCGUGAUGGGAUUUUCUGGCUUUGGUUCGUCAAAAAAGAAUAGCUGACCGAUCCCACCAGAUUGAUACAAGACAGCCCUUUACUGACUUUUAUCUCUUUCCCACCUCCCCUUGUGGUCCUUUUUUAAUUCCACCCCCCCUCCCCCAAAAACCCAAUUGAGUGGGAAUGUGAACAGCGUGACUGAAGGUGCAUUUAUUAAUAAAGGAUUCUUCUGUUUAAAGUUACAAGUACCCCUUCUCCAAAACCUUUUUACAGAAAGGUUUCAGCAGUAUUUAGGCUGCAGGUUGCAUGGCUUUUGCCUUCAACUAUUCCAUGUUUAGGAAUGGUAAAGGAGAAGCCAUGAAAUGUCCCCCAUUUCCUGAGCUUAUUCCUGAGUUCUUGCUUGGUUAAAUCCCUGUUAACCAGGAAGCAACAGUUCCACUGAGUUUGAUCUGUGCUGGCAUGGGUGAUCAUGUCCAGGACAAUGUUUAUGGAGGUACACUUGGGUUCAGCACCCUUUGGGCCAAGGAGGUGGAAAUCGGGCAAAGUUCCCACUGAUUAUUUUGUAGUGAUCUUGCAGAAAAUAUGCAUGCGUGCACAGUCUCUUCUGAUUGAAGCCAAGCUGCCACAUGAGGCAUGGCCACUUGAUGGAGGCUCCUGCCCUACACAGUAAGCAAACCGGCAAUUCUAAUGAUGCAUCUUUUGUUUUUCUUCAAUUCGGUCCAUUUCAGUCCAGGUGAAAUCCUUUAUUAUGCAUCUUAAAAUUGACCAACUGAUGAUCUGAAUUCAGGCCCUCAAAUAAUUCAAUGAAUUGAAUGUAAUUGUCUGUUUCUGUGAAGGAGAGAUUCAAACAUUGAGCUACAAGAAUGAAGGUCUGAAGUUCUUUUUAAUGGCAAGAUGUUUUCUAAGCCUCUCAAAUUCAUUGUUGACUGCUGUUUUCUAUGAAAUUUGCAAUCUUUGUAGAAUUUUAACAUGGAGAUAUUAUCCAUAGCAGAUAUAACAAAUAAUAGUGACAAGCUUUCCUUUGUGGUUUGAUGUGUCUGGUCCUGACUCUCAAACAGCAGAAUGUCUGCCCAUUAAGUUCGCCAAUCUCAGUCAAUUGAUUUCCACAACUUUGAAUUGAACGUAGAUGAAAUAAAUCAAAAAGUGUAUUCCUGGUUCUCAUUGAUGUGGAGGUGCUGGUGUUGGACUGGGGUGGACAAGGUCAGAAGCCACGUGACACCAAGUUAUAGUCGGUCAACAGGUUUAUUUGAAAUCACAAGCUUCCAGAGUACUGCUCUGUUGUCAGGAGAAGAAGCAGACUAUAACCUGGUGUCGUGUGACUUCUGACCUGAUUCUCAUUAGCAGCUUGCACUGAAUAUGUCUGAAGUCGAACUGAUGAUGCUUUCUUUCCCAUAGCCCUAUAUUUUUGUUUCUGUUUACAUGUACAGUAUGUUUCCAAUUCCCAUUUAAAAUUACUGACGAAUCUGUUUUCAUGAUUGUUUUAGGCAGUGAAUUCCAGAUCAUCCUUACCUGGGUGUUUAAAGAAAAUAAUGCUACUUCUUAUUCCCCUAUGAUUAUUCUGCUAAUUUUUUUAUACUGUUUGACCUCUCACCCAGUUUGGGAAUGUUUUUGAGAAAUGAUCUUCAAAUGGAAAAUGGUUGGGGAUAUGGUCCUGUGUAAUGGGGCAUGGGUAAAGUUUAUUUCUAUGUUCCUGGAUAAUAGAGGAAACAUGAAGACUUCGAAAAACUGCAAGUUGCCCAGAGCCUAGGUGUUUUCAAGAGUAAUGGAUUGCCCUGAAAUUCUUCAUCCUGCCAGGCUAAUUUAUAAACCAACUCAAUCAGAAAGUCAAACAGUGAAUGAUUUGUAUCUGAAGAGUUGUUUAAAUGCAGUGAGAUGUUCCUGUUUUGGAUUUUCUUUGUGUUGUGUGUUGUGCUCUGAAGUUUCUACUUGUGCUUUACUUUCUUCUCUUUCAGUUGACACUUGCAAGUACAAGAGGUUAUUUUUAUUUCUUACUGUGUGUGAUCUCCAUUAAAAUAACUUGGCAUCUG